UUAUCAGUUAUUUUUGUGAUGUUUACCCUCAUUUUAAUACUAAUUAUUUAAUUAACUCAGACAAAAUCAACUUAUCAAAUUCAACAAUCUAAUUAUUUUAACGCCUUCUUCCUUUGUUUCGUCUUGCGUUACGCAUUGUCAAAUCUGAGAUUAUUAUCUUUUAUCUCUGUAUUGUACAUUGUUUGUGUUGUAUUUCUCAGAUACUGUCAGCUGUUUUUAUAUUUUUCUCUUGUUGGUACCUUAUACCUUAUUUCUCAAGUGCACUUUUACCCUCUGUCCCAUUUUUCUUUUAUUUUAAAAAUCCAUACGCUACUAUCUAGGAUACUAUUGAACUAGUCAUGUCUGAACUAUUCAAUAGCUUUAAACGGACUGGUUAUGCCAUCGCUGAAUAUAUUAGUCCUGUUCUCAGAGAAUCCAAAUUCAGAGAAACUGGUGUAUUAACUCCUGAAGAAUUUGUGGUUGCUGGCGACCAUUUAGUUCAUCACUGCCCAACGUGGAGCUGGUCAGCCGGAGAUCCAGCUAAAACUAAAAGCUACCUACCCAAGGACAAACAAUUUCUUGUUACAAAAAAUGUUCCAUGCUAUAAAAGGUGCAGUGCAAUGGAAAUCACUGACAAUUAUGAGAAAAUCAUAGAAGUUGGUGAUGACAACGAAGGAUGGGUGGAUACCCAUCACUACGAUUUGAAAAAUGAAGAAUCUGAAGUUGGUCAGAUGACCGAAGAACUAGGUGCUUGUAAAAUUGAUCCAUCUGUCGUCAAAUCUGGUACAGAUGAAAUUAAGCUGGGCUCUGGAGGUGAUGAUAAUAAAGAUAAACCGAAGAGUGAUGAUGAUGAUAAUGAUGAUGAUGACGAUGAGGAUGAGGAUGAUGCAUGUGACAUGGAUGAAUACAUGGCCUCAGGACUCAUGGACAAAGAAGAUCAGUCGACGGUGGAAGUUAAACCCAGUAGUAGGAAAAAGUCGGAAGGUGAUAACAACUCUAUAGUUGCUACUCGUACCUAUGAUCUUAAUAUUACCUAUGAUAAAUAUUAUCAGACACCAAGGUUAUGGUUAACUGGAUAUGAUGAAAAUCACCACCCCUUAACAAUCGAUGAAAUGUAUACAGACAUAAGCUCGGAUCAUGCCAAAAAAACUGUAACAAUGGAAACUCACCCGCACAUUCCAGGUCCUCCUAUGGCAUCAGUUCAUCCGUGCAGACAUGCAGAAGUCAUGAAAAAAAUAAUCGAGACUGUCGAGGAAGGCGGUAAGGAACUUGGAGUUCAUGUUUAUCUAAUUGUAUUUUUAAAAUUUGUUCAAGCUGUAAUCCCGACAAUUGAAUAUGAUUACACUCAAAAUUUUACAAUUUGAUCAGCUAUUUCAUAUAAUGAACUAAACAUUUUGUAACUCUGAUUAUAUUGAUUUUCCUUCCCGGAAAACUGAUGAUUUUAUCCUUUCUCAAACUUUCUCCGUCUCUUCCUUUCCGUUUUUUAAGUUCUAAAAUCAUAUCACCAAUAAAGAUGAUUUCAAAUCUUCGAUAAUUGCAAAAUGAAAAUAUAAUUGCCAAGAAUUGUAGUCAAUGAAAUUGUCGGUUUGCAAUUUGGAUUAAA